CACAUUCGCCAGCCCUGGACUGACCGACUACUGUUCACGUUAUUUAGGCAAAAAUCAGAAAUAGCUUAAAUUUUGUAUAAAUAAAAAUGGUUGGUUGGAGCCGUUUGCUAUUGCCAGCGGCGCAGGUCGUCAAAAAUCGUGCAGUGAUGCUAACACCCGAGUGCCGAAGCGCGCUGCAGCAGCAAGUGCGUCGCAUGGGCGGUGAUCAUGGACAUCAUCACAUGACCGUAAAGCCAUCGCGCUUCCAAUGGGACAAGUUCAAGGAUCUGUUGCACUUUUACGUAAUGAUUGGCGUCAUUCCGAUCACAGCUCUCGUCUUCUACGCCAACGUCUUUGUUGGACCCGCGCAGCUUGCUGAGACGCCCGCCGACUACGAGCCCAAGCACUGGGAAUACGAGAGGAACCCAAUCACUCGCUUUAUUGCACGCUACAUUUUGAGCUCGCAGCAACAGGAAUACGAGAAGGCGUGUCACAAUCUCUUCGAGGAGAACGAGAAGGCACAAAUUCGCCUGCUCGAGGAAGAGGUGCGUCGUAAGAUGUCUGAACGCAACGAUUAUCAGGCCUAUUAUUAUCGCCCAACAGUUGCUAAAUAUCACAGGGUUUCCAAGGAGGCGGCUGAAGAACUGGAAGCUCUGCGCGGCGACUAAUUUAAAUUAUAUUUGUUAUUAUUUUGCAAAUAUGGUCGUUUAAUGAGACUUGCAACGGGGCGUAAAAUAAAAGUUGUGAAAAUUUAUAAGGUUUUCACUGCAUACAAUUAAAUAACAUAAACAUUAACGCAUAGUAGAAAUAAUAAAUACUUAAAAAUGAUGUUAUCCAAA